AUGGCCUACCCGGGCAACAAGUCGCGCUCCAACUCGUUUCUCUCCAUGUCUGCCCUCUCGCCCCCGAGCACGCCCUUCCUGCUCUCCUCCCCCGCCUCCAACGCAGGCCCCGGCGCUGGCCCGAGCGGCGCCCUCGCACGCUACUCCGUCCCCUCCACCCCGCUGCUCUCCAUCCCGAACCCGAACCCGAGCCCGAGCCCAAGCCCAAACCCGUCCUUCUUCGCGUCCCCCGCCCGCAAGCUCCUCAUGCCCACCGUUCGCCCCCCGCGCCCCGCCCCGUCCUCCGCCUCCAACAGCCCCGUCGGCCCCUCCCCCCUCUCGCCCAAGUCCCCCCGCCCGCGCCCCACAGCCGCCACGAAGCUCAUGCGCGCGCGCUCCGCCUCCGUCAACACCCCGCUCCCCCCAGCCCCUACCCUGCCCCCGCCGCCCCCGCGCGACGCGGGCAAGGACUGGCUCGGCAGGCGCUGCAGGUUCGACGUCGUGCAGGACCUGCUGGAGCUCGAGGGGUACCAGAUCUACGCGGUCGAGAAACGAGGUGUUGACGCGGCGUGCCGCGCCGGGUGCAGGGUCACGGAACGCGCGCGCUCGGUCAUCACCCUCGCGGUGUACACGGGCGAUCCUCUGCAUAAAAUUACGGUCACCGCGCUAGCUCCGGCCCCCGCCCUCUCGCCACAAGAAGCUCAGGCCGAGUGGGACCGUGCCAUACGCGAUCUUCGCCAGGCAGGCGCGCGCCCAAAGGAGACGGAGCAUGGCACACUGAUGGUCACCUCGCUCGCCAACUUCCGGUCAGACUUUACGAUCGUCCAUAUCCCGAGCGGGUUCUUCCUCGAGGCCCGCGAGCAUCUCUACGCGAACAUCAACCUCCUUCGCAUGGGCUGCUCCGGACGCAGCGCGCUCACGCUCGAGGAACCCAGCGAUACGACCAAGGAUCGCUUCCUCACCAUGUACCACGUGCCAGAUCGCGCGCGCGCCCCGGAAUCGUUCGGCCGCACGACGCUCGAGCUCGUCAUGCUCCUCCAAGCGGGGCUCGCCAUCUUUGGAAUGUUCGACCCCGCGCCCGAGGAGCGGAACGGCUUGUUGUGCGACGCGACGGUCGACGGGAUCCAGCGCUGGGUCGCGGAGAUCGGGGAGCCGUGGUUGGGUGUCGAGCCGACGGAGCGCGUCGCGGAUCCGAUGAUCGUUUCUGCGUUGCUGAGCCUGGUCACGAGCAUGCGGAGCAAGCUGUAUGUGCUCGGGUUCGGUCAGAUCGUGCCGAAGGACCCGUUCCUCGAGCCGCACGCGUUCGUCCAGGUGCUGUACUCGCUGCACACCUCGCGGCUGUUCUCCUCGUUCCCUCCGCCGCCGUCGCCGCCCUACUUCACGUACGAGGCCGUGCGCUUGAUCGACCGCGCGUACGGCAAAUACCGGCAGUCCGAGGUGUACAAGCCGCACCGCGUGCUCCUGAACAAGCUCGACGACCUCACGACGGACCUGCGCACCAGCGCGAGCAGCGGGGGAGGAGGAGGCGGCGGUGGCGGCGACGGCGGCGGGGCUGCGGGGGCUAUGGGGGGCGGGCACGCCAACUCGCAUGCGCACACGGCGGAGGCGACGUCGGACCUGAGUGCGUUUGUGCGGCUCGUGGUGGCGGCGGGCGGGAAGGAGGGCGCGGCGAGCUUGCGGUAUUUGUGGACGGGUCGGUUGGUGCAGUUGGUGGAGAAGCGGCGGGAGAAGGUCGGGAGCGACGGGGAGCGGGGUUGGGAGCGGGAGCGGGAGAGGGACAAGGACGAGGUGAGGAACGAGGGGACGGACGGCAAGUCGACAGAGGACGAGGGGGAAGCGAAGCGGUGGAGGAACGGGCGGAGGGUGCAGCGCAAGAUCGAGUCGUGGACGAGCGGAUCGAAGAAGCAGAGCGUCGAUUUUUCCGCCCGGAUCGGCAGCGGGAGCGCGUCUGGGGCCGGCACCGCUAGGCCUGGGCACGCCCUCGACGCCGCGCGUCUGCACGAUCGCUCGCCUUCCCUGCCGCAGGUCAUCGUCUCACGGGAAGCAGGCGAGGACGAGGAGAUCCUCAGCAGCGGCCAGGUCUCGCCCGCCUCGCAGACACACUAUUUCCUCAGCAGCAGGGCGCUGCUCCCCGACCCUGCGCUGCUGCCGCAGAGCCAGCCGUACCCGCAUCACCUUUCCGAGUACGAUCGCCGCCUGUCCGAGUUUAACCUCAAGCGCCCUGUGCGCCCGUCGUACCAGAAUAGGGUCACCAGCUGGUCCGACCCCGUCAGUGCGCGAGGUCUCACGGACCCUGCCUCGCAAUCGCGCAGAGGAAGCGGGGCGGGCGUCGAUGGCGCCGACGAGCCACAGAAUAUAUCGCUGAGGGGUGUCGUCGGCGAAGGAGCCGCCAAGGAUGACAUGUCAAUCAUGAGCAUACGGAGGCGGGACUUGGAGGAGGGCCCUAUGCUCGUCAGGCGUCGUAGCUUUGACCACGCGUCGGGGGUAGCGGCCGGCCGGAUCCUGCCCCUGGAAAGGAUGAAGAUAGACGUCGAUCUGUGCGGACAGUUGCUCAUCAUGCGACGGCGCGAACGGCAUCUCGAAGGCGUCGUCGCGACAUUACAUGUCCUUACGCGCAUGCUCUCCAAGACAACCGCGCAACUGCGCGAGGACUACCAGGUGCACCAGCACCUGCUCGCCGCCGUCGACGCGCGCACGAAGCUCAUAGCCGACAUCGCAGAGGCGCGGCUCGCCGCAGACGCGAUGCUGCAGGACACGCGCGCGCGCGCGUACGAGACGGGUCAUUUCCGGCCGCAGGCGCUCUGGGACAGCGUCGCGCCGCAGCGCGCGCAGGUCUUCGCGCUGCGCGAGCGCGUGUUCGGCACUGGGCGCCGGGUCGUGGCGCGUGCCGGGUCGGGCGCAGAUGCGGCGGGGGGAGCGGGGUCGGGCGUCAGGUCCGGCGCGGGGGGGAGGUUUGACAGGCUGCAGUGGACGCUCGACGGGCGGGCGCGGAUGGUGGACGCGCUAGGGCGGACGGAGGAGGAGGCAGAGGAGGAGCGGGGCCUGGAGGAGGAGGACGUGUUGGAGGAGGAGGGGGAGGGGGUGUUGGAGAGCCAGCCGAUGGGGCCGGCGUGGUUGCUGAAGUUUUUCGAGAGCUGGGGGCUGCGUUGGGGCGGCAAGGCGAAGAAGGCAAAGGAGAUGGAGGGCACGCAGGCUGCGGACGUGGGUGCGGCCGAGUGGAGCGAUACGCCUGUGCCCGGGACCAGUGGGAGUGGGAACGCUUCGGAAAUUGGGCCCGCAUCGCCCCAGGAGAUGGACGUGGACGCGGACGCGAAGAAGGAAACGCGAGCGCGAGAUAACAUCGACGCCGCAGCCUCCCCCACGCCAUUGGUCGAAGCUGCCGGGGCCAAUGAAUCGGACGAGAACGACUGA